AAAGAAGGUAGACAGCCAGAAAAGACUGAUGGAUUUCCGCAAAGUAUUAACCAUCUAAUAGAGAUUUAUGAACUUUGGAAUGAACAACAGAAAGUACGUUUGGAAUUUGAACGUAGGCAGUUGGAAUUAUUUCUUGGAAAGAAAAUAAUAAAACAAGAAUUCAAUCAGCUUGCCAGUCGAGUAUACUGCAACGCAUUGUUUAUCGCUGGCCCAAACACAGAUGCUCUUGGACCGGGAAUCUAUCUCAAAGCAUCUUUAAUCAACAAUAGUUGUGAUUUCAAUUCAAUUACGGUAUAUGAUGGCACCACACUCAGUGUACGAGCAACAAGACCGAUCAUCAAAGGACAGGAGCUUACCAUAUCAUACGUAAGUCCGUUGCAACCUAGUAAUAUCCGACGAAAAAUGCUACAAGAGAAAUAUGGUUUUAAUUGCACAUGCCCUCGUUGUGAGAAUAAGGAACUUGAUGCAAAAAUGCAAAGCAUCGUCUGUGAGAAAUGUAAAGGUCAGGUACUUAGGAAACAAUAUAUGACAUUUAUGAAAUGCAGUGUUUGUGAUCAGUUGCCGUCUCAAAAACAUGUGUCUGCUAUAUUGGCUAUUGAGACUGAGAGCAUUAUCUUUGUGGAAGAAACAAUAAAAUUGCAGCCAAUCAGUGAUAGACAAUCUGCAUAUGCUUUAGACCUGAGCAGAAGACAAAAAUGCUUUCUACAUCGACUGCAUUAUCUCCGUGCUAAAACCUUCGACAGAGUGGGCCAUAUUUUAAUGAAUAUGAACAACUUCAAAGAUGGUAUUCCUAUGCUUGAAGAAGUUAUAUUGACUUACGAAAGUUUAUAUCCUCCUUAUCAACCUUUAAUUGGAAUACAUUGUAAAAGACUGGCCGUUGUCUAUAUGCAAGUUUUAAGGUUUGAGGAAGCUCGUAAACGCCUCAUUCAGGCACUUGCGGCAUUGAAAAUCACCCACGGCGAAGGUCACCCUUUCUAUCGGGAAACAAGUAAAACACUUCAGGGAGUAAUAUGGGCGCUUUCAUAAUGUCUCACUGUCGUUUGUAUGUGUCCAUUGUCUGCACGGUUUGAAAGUUGUGUGGGCCCGGUAAGCAGUUGCGAGCGGAGCGAGGGCCUCGGUUGGGGUCCAGGGCUCUAAUGCCCUCGAAAAAUAAGCAGUUUUUACAUUUUGCGAGCCUUUUUUAUAAUGUAAUCUUACCAGUCCAAUCAAAAUGGACAACCACAAUGAGGUAACCAAAAGCCAACAUGUGAUCCAUGCCCAAAGUUGCAGUGACCUGUUGUAUCGUUGAUAUAUUCAAUAUUCAAACACUUUUUGCAAAUUAUUGAUGGGGCAUACAAGAAAAUUGGCCCACCCACUAAAACUUAUGAGUAUGGGCCUAAGCCUGUACCACGCCAAUGCAUUUCUGUGGAUUUUACUUAGUUCAAAUACAUUCAAUGAAAGGAGAGUUACUAAAUAUUCACUUUGACAUAUGUGCUUGUUAAAAAUUUAAAUAUUUAAUUAUUGAUAUACUGUACUAUGAAUUUAUGACUAUAAGCAUGCAAUUAUAAAAUAUACCGUAACCAAUUGGGACAUAACUUCAUAAAUACACUGACUUAUAAUGAAAGACCCUGUCAGAACCUAUGUAUCAAAAAAUAAUAUCAUUAGUAUUUUUAAAACCAUUAAAUAACUAAACAAAGAAUCAAAUGUACUGUACAUUCAAACAUUGAUUUUACUUGAAUUAACAUUCACUUUAAAGUACAAUUAUAACUUAAAGGGGUAUAUGUAACGUAACGAUCAAUAAUAUUGUAAUGAAAUGUAUAGAUUUUUAGAAUUAAUCAAAUUAUAUGUAAUAUUAUUUUUAAAUGAUGUUUAUAAUGAAUAUAAAUAGGCCAUAAUAUACAAUGAAUAUAAUUAUAAAUGAUAUUUUGACAAUUAUUUUGAAGUUCAAAUUAUAAGUUGAUUAUUUUAUUUCUUGCGACAGCACAUUCCAUACAUGAGUAUAUACCAGUAUAUGUAUGCCUAAGUGAAGACCUUACUGUAGAGGUACAAUGUUCAGUGAAUCUGCAUUUGUUGUAUUACUGAAUAUUCAUGUAAGUAAUUUGUAUUUCAUUACGAAGUCUGGAAUCUGUGAAGUACAAACACCUGGUUAUCGCGUACAUUGGUCAGGGUCAUGUGAAAAUUAAUUGAUAGCGAAAUGUGCUUUGGUAUAUUUACCUUGAAUACCAAUGGUGUUCAAUUUAUCUUUUAAUGUUGUUGUGUAAAAUAAAUUUUGAAAAAGACGACUCAGUACAUUAGCUCAAUCCGCCCUCGAUAAACUAACGUUACGUUAUCUCACUAUAUUAAUUGGAUUAACACAUUAUCAAGGAUAAGUACUGAGUGUUUAAACACAGGUGUCCUUGGAUUCAAUUAUAGGUAAACGGAUUAGUUGCCUUUUUUUAUGAGGUUUUAAUAGUUCUUUACCGCCGAAAGUGCGGUAUUCUAACGUUAUGGAGGGCUGGUCGGCCUAAUGAGGCUUAUUAAGCAUGCCUGAAACAAAAGUAAUCAUAACCAAUUUAUAAAAUUCAUAGGAUAAAUAUGUAUUUCAGUUGGUAUGUAUGUGCAAAGGUUUAUUAGUAAAAAUGUAUAGAUGUAAACAAUAUUUAAGCGAUUAUCUUUGAUAACAGGAUUUUUAAUUUAUUUUAUUAACAUUUAAUAAAGGUAUAUACAGUAAGUAUUUUUCUUAUUAUCGAAAUAAAUAUAUAAAGCUUGUUAACAAUAUCAUUAAACGUGCCGAUAAACAGGUGGGCCUCUCAUACGAUUAACAAUUACGCACUUCAGUAUAGCUUUUGACCGAGUGGACGACAAUAUUGCAAUUCCUAAGUUAUUAGAUAUGAGGCUCCUACAUUAAUUCCAUAGAUGUAGUUUUUUUUUUAUCCAACCAUCUACAGUGUGUUAGGUAUUCAAAUACUUUGUCAAAAUGGGAAGAACUCUCCUGUGUUUCUCAAGAAACCGUCAGUGGCCUAGUAAUUUUUAUGUGUCUAGUUAAUGAUGAAGCUAGAAUUUACAAGUAUUAAAUGACAUUGAAAUGUGUUGAUGAUUUUGCGAUAGUUGGAAAUACCUUCCAUCAACCAACGUAGCAGUACCCAAAUUGAUUUAGAAGACUUUCAUAUGGGUUGAUGUUAAUCACAUGACCCCUAAUCCAUCCAAAUGCAUGUAUAUCCAUGGAUGUUACCUUUGCGAAAAUCCCACUGUUUUUACCACUAAAAUUAUGUGGACAAGAUCUGCAAUGCGUAAACAUGCUCUAGUAAGUGUGCAAGUGCCAGGAUUACCAUUUAUAUAUAAAUUACAUUCAAUACAUUAAAUUAAUUAAAGAAAGUAUGUGAUGAAAUUUGUUCAGGCUUGUCGUUUUUCUGCUUUUUAUAUUGGCCUUUUCAAUCUUUCCUGCUUGUAAUUUAUAGAUUUUUAUUAGCAUUCUAUAUGUAAUUGCUUUACGCCUUGUGUUUGCGAUGAUUUUAAUGUUAAUAUUGUGUUCAUUCAGCUUUUGCUGUGAUUACGGUUUUUAACUAACCUUGAAUAAAAAUGAUCAAUACAAAA